CAAACCCUAACCCUAACCCUAAUCUCACCCACCACCAAAACCCAUCAACCCACCUCCAUCUCUCCAACCCCACACAGUUCAAGAAAGACAAAAAGAAGAAGAAGAAGAAGCACAAGAGAGGCAAAAAGGGCAAAUCCGACCCACCCUGGAUCUCCGACAUCGAAUGGCCCUGCAAAACGCCCUCCGAGAUCCCCUCUUCGUCGGGUUGGCCCGUCCUCAACCUCCAAUUGGGUCGGAUCAUCCGUUUGCCAUCGGCCGAAGAACAAGACCGAUUCGCAGCGACUCAAGCCCAGCAAAAGGCCUUGAAGGCAUCGCAAGAGUUCUUCGCCGCCGCGAAGGACAGUGAUGGAGAAGAAGACGAUGAUAGUGAUGAUGAUGAUUUGAUGGACGAAGAUGGGAACGAGGAGUACAGUUUUUUCAUGAAGAUGUUCACAGAGGACGGUGAAUUGAGGGGGUUUUAUGAGAAGAAUUGUGAGGGUGGUGAUUUUAGUUGCUUGGUGUGUGAAGGAAUUGGGAAGAAGAUUGGGAAGAGGUUUAAGGGUUGUGUUGCCCUAGUUCAACAUUCGGUUUCGAUCGCAAAGACGAAGAAGAAACAAGCACACAGAGCUUUAGCUCAGGUUAUAUGUAAAGUUCUUGGUUGGAAUAUUGACAGGCUUCCAACUAUUGUUUUGUCAUUGGGCGAUCCGCUCAGUCGAUCUUUGGCUAAAUCUGGGGAGUCUCAGGGCAAUGCUGAGGAUUUGCAUAUGCUUAACCAGAAUUCAGGUUCGGUAAAUGUUAAUAAUGGUGAACUGAUUGUGAAGGAGGUCUCUAAUGUUGGUCAGGAGGGAGAGUUACACAAUUCUAGUGUUCCUGGAAUUUCGAAUGUUGAUGGUGAUAAUGUGAUGCUUUGCGAGGGCAAUGCUGAGAUUGGAAUGGAGGAUUUGCAUAUGCUUAACCAAAAUUCGAGUGUGGAGAAUGUUAAUAAUGGUGAACUGGUUGUGAAGGAGGUCUCUAAUGUCGGUCAUGAGGGAGUUUUGCACAAUUCUAGUUUUCCUGGAAUGUCAAGUGUUAAUGGUGAUAAUGUGAUGCUUUAUGAGAGUUCUUUGAAGGUUGGUGAUGCCAAUGAAUGUACGGAAAAUCUUGAGAAUGGGGAUUCUAGUGUAGUGGAUGGGAAGACAGAGGGAGUGGUUAAUGGUCUGUGCAGGAACCUUUCAAGGACAAUGGUACUGGAAACAACAUGAAAAACAAUCAGACACAGAUUGUAGCUAAUGAUCUGAAGGAUAACAACGGGGAUGAGAAUUGACGAGGAAGUUGUAGAGGUAGUGGCAAUAAAUAUUUAGGGAAAACAAUGGAUUGCUUGGUGAGAUUAUUCUUGUUAUUCACAGAUCAUUGAUUGACCAUUGUUUUAGAUCUUCACUCAUUCAAUGUGCACCAUUUGGUGCUUGUGGUUUCUUAUGUCAUGUAAUUUGUAGGUGCAUUUGAAGCUAGAUGAUCUUUCUUUGAACAUCUUUGCAAGUACUGUUCACAGCAGGCAGCGUGGAAUUAGAUACGUACAGUAAGAUAACUACUAAUGUUUGGUAGGUACAAUAAGUGUUAGAUAUACUAGUAUUAAGAUUAUUAUGUUGAGGCCAUUGUCUGAUGCAUUGCUCACAAACCUCCGAUGAGGGGAUGAUUUAUAUUAUAAAACCGCAUCAACCUUGCAAAUUUUCCUCAGGAAAAAGAUUGCAUAUAUUAGUUGUUUAUUUAUGCAAGUUAAAUACUUGUUCCAAUUUUUUUUUGUUGUACAUUCCAAAUCCAACUGGUUGAUUCAUGGUAUGAAGUUUGAUUAGAAGAUAGCUUGGUUGGUUGGGCA